GUGGAAAUCGUCACAUUUGGAAACGACUGGAAAGCCGCUUCUACUCAUGGAACCCCGCAACGAGCGCUCAAUUUCGCCGCCAAGACCGCUGGUCGUGGAGAUUUGACGGAGCAGAGUUCACCACGAGUUGGAGCCGCCUUCAAACCAUCUUGUCCUUUGAUCGACUGCACUUUUGAUGACAAUCGAACCGACAAAGUGAUGCAUGCUCUUCGGGGAGUGGCGAUGUCUUCGGCCUGCGUAAUGAACUCGCUUACCGGAGUACCUCAUGAUCUCACAAAAACUGGCUCGUUCAUCUACGCUGGUGGCACUACCGUCUCCCCAGAAGAUACAUUUAUCCUGUCCACUAAACUACCGGUAGAAUUGAAAGAAGCCGCUCGUCUGGACUUUUUCGUCUAUCAAGCAGGGAUAAAAGGGCGUCCUACAAGUAUGUCUUAA